AUGCUUGUCUCUCGCCCAAACCUUAGCAUCCGCUGCCCUUCGCCAACUACCAUCGAGUUCACUGUAUCAACAUCCCCAACCUCAAGUCAUCCGCUGCGUCACUUCAUCCUAGCACUGACAACGCUCGUUCGCCUUGGGCUCGGCCUCAGCGUCCUUCUUGUUCUCUUCCACAGGUCACCGCUCUCGCAGCUUGACCCUAUUAUCGCAGACGAGCCGCGCAACUCUAGCAUGAGCGAUUACUUCUGGCACUACGUUUUGCAGGCUGCACACUCUCGCGGCGGCCAGUACGGCGCGCUCUUAGCCGCGCGGCUGCCCCUCUAUCUACUCCUCCCACUUGCCAUCCUCGCGCUUUAUGUUGUUGCGCGGCACUUCGAGCGUCACGAAUCGCUGCUCGUGCUGCGCGGUCUCGGCGUGCAGACUUCGUCAUCCAGCUGCCUAGUUGGUGGCGGCUGCACGACGCGCUUCGUACCCAUGGAAAAGAUCCAAGAUAUCCUGAUUAAUGAAGCUUUCUAUGGCUUCGCCGUGCGCUACUACUUGGUGGUGGUGGUGGAAGGGGAAUCAGAACUGCUGGUCGUCUUUCCUCGUCUCCUACCGCGGCGACAGGCGCUCGAACAGGUAUGGAGAGAAAGCCGGGCCUGCCUGUGGGAAGGCCUUACAAAGAUAAAAGAUUGA